AUGCGCUUCCAGCAGUCCCUGCUAAUGGACAGACAAAUGACCCUUGUGAAGGCUCUUUCGAUGAAGCCGUGCUGCGUACAGGACAAGGACUACGCCAUGGAAGACAGUGACCGCCCAGUGAGCGAGCGCUGCCUCCACCUAAACAUCUGGACACCGAUGCUGCCUGGACAGCGAUGCAAGAGGGAUUGCAGUCCAAGGACUGUUCUGGUCGUGUUUGUGGGCCGGGACUUCCAGUACGGUGGCAACUCGCACAACUUGUACAGGGGUGAGCUGCUUGCUCUGCACGCUGACGCAGUUGUCGUGGUUCCCAACUACCGGCUCGGCCCAUUCGGUUUUCUCAACGGUCGCAUCGUGGACGUAACCGGGAACGUUGGUCUAUACGAUCAGAAGGUGGCGCUCGACUGGGUCAAAGAAAACAUCGAAUACUUCGGUGGCAAUCCAGAAGAUAUUGUGCCCGUAGGUCAUGAUGCCGGGGCAAUCUCGAUAACGCGCCACUUGUUUGACAUGAAGUUACACUGGGUGCAGCAAGCGAAGCGCGUCGUGUUACACACGUCUUCAUUCUUUCGACCAUAUCGAGACAACACGAAGUAUGCCCUGCAGAACACCCUUGAGCUGGGUCGGUUGUGCAUCUGUCACCCAGAUGAAGGCAUCGAUGUUGUGGUUGAGUGCUUGCAGACAACACCCGCCAGCCGCCUGAAAAUGGCUUCGAGGCACGCCUACAAAUUGGCACCCGUCUUUGUUCCAUCAAACACGAAAGGGACUUCGCCUUCGGCUGCUAUUAAAAUUCAGAAUUCGAGUGCGGCAAGACCAUGGCUGAGGGACAAAGAGUUUCUCCUGAGCAACGUGGCGGACGAAGGUUCCUUCGAGUACUCGAUGAUUCUGAAGAGACUGGCCGACUUGAAAUACGUCCUUCCCGGUGGAUAUUUUUCUAAUGUUAGCGCACAAAUUAUCACACUCCUCUCCGAACUUCCCUUGGGCGGUCAGGUUGAGAUGGCUUAG